UUUAACUUAUGGUCCCAACACGUUAAUAUCAAUAUUCUAACUUAUGGUCCCAACACGUUAAUAUCAAUAUUCUAACUUAUGGCCCCAACACGUUAAUAUCAAUAUUCUAACGAUAUCCACCUACACUUACACCCACGAAUAUUGUCUCCUAAAGCUUGCUCCUGACUCCACGAUAUCCACCUACGCUUACAUCCAUGAAUGUUGUCUCCUAAAGCUUGCUCCUGACCCCAGGAUAUCUACCUACACUUACAACUCACCCACGAAUAUUGGUUUCUUCUUGACCACAGGAUAUCCAUCUAUACUUCAUCUCAUAGUAUUCCUUUUAACUGAGUUCGGCCAUCCCUACACCCUAGGAGAUUCACCUUUAUAGUUUGUCUUUACGACCAAACCACUGUGUCAGCUCCAUUUUUAUUUACCACAGUUUUAAAUCCAUAUCUGGUUGACCUAAUCAGAUCUGUUUCCAUCGUGUAACUAAAUGGAUAUUGAUGUAUGUCUUCACUUUAAUCCCAGAAUAAGUUAUUUUGUGACCUUCCCUCUUUAGACUUCGAUAGCAACGUCUUUUCAAAAUCUGGUGAGCUGUGUUUGCCAGACUCUCAGUCUGAGACAAGAAGACUUCCUAAUGUUGUCUCUACUUGCAAUCAUCAUCUUCCUCUCAACUGGACUGGUUCCCAAAAUUCUGAUCUGAAGUCUAACAGCCUUAGUGAGAACAACAAGUACAGAUUUAAAGCAGACCACAUCACCGGCGAAAUCGAACUUCAAAUAUGCUACGAUUCCAAAGUGAGCGUUCUUUACGUUACUAUUAUUCGAGCACGCCACCUAGUGACAGCCAGAGACAACAGUGGACUCCCUGAUCCUUUUGUCAAGUGCUUCCUCUUUCCAGUUAGGUGCUCCGAAAACCAGAAGAGGACUCGCUACUUUUCAAGAUGCAGCUGUCCAGAAUGGAAGCAGACGAUGAUGUACCCUAACAUGGCGUCAGAGAGUCUAUCUAUGUCAUUCUUGGAAAUUAGUGUCUGGAACUACGACAUACACAGGCCUAAUGAGUUUCUGGGUGAAAUUAUACUGGAUUUGUCAGAUCAGACUGUGCUACACGAACAACCACGAUGGUUUAAGCUACAACCUUAUGAUGAAAACCAUCAUCUCCGGUAUUCAGCAGGUUUCCCUCGGAUGUCUUACAGUCACAGUAGUUUCACAAAAGAACCCCCAGGAGGCAGUGAACACAGUUUUUCUCCCAGAAGUAUUGAGGACAAUAGACAGCAUCCUGUCGAUGAGAACAAUGUUUCCGAGUCUGAACAUUGGAUUUCCACUGGCUCAACCCAGAAGGGGAGCAACCAGCAACGUCACAAUCGGGUUCCUAGAUUUCCUCCUAAUUAUUUCACUGCCUAUUGUUUCAUACCUCCAGGUUGCUAUAAUGCUGUGUGUUGUAUUUUUGGACCGUUGUUCAAAAUGUGCCCUUUCUUAAAGAAGAAGUUUACGACUGCUGCUGACCUCUGAGAACAACCAACUAUAAUGACAUCUCAGUGCUUCUGGAAGACCCUGGCCAGUACUGCUCUGAAUAAUACUAACCUGUUUUUUACUUAAAGUCUUUUGAGGGUUUUGCUGUCCUUUUUCAAGGGUGUAAAGUGUAGAUACUGUUGUUAUCUACAGGUUUACUCUGCAUUGUUAACAUUACGAAUGUCACCAUUCUUGUCAUUAAAUGAAUGGUUAAAGAAUAAGAAUGUUCUAUUUUUAACAGGCACUAUUUACUUAGAUAUCCUAACUUAAGCUAACUGAUACUGGUUGUCUUAGUUUGUAGUCACAUACUGUUCCUUAUAUAAAAUAUUUGUUUUAAAUAUAUAAUUUAGAUUAUAUUUGUUGCAAAAUCGAUUACAAAAACUGGCUUUUAUCAUUGACCUCUUUGGAUCUACUUGUGUUACAACCAACCAGAGUUACCUUGUGCAGCUGACUUUAUUCAUCUCCCAGUUUAUUUUAUCAUUGACUGAUUUGGUGACCUACUAUAUCUAUCUGUAUAACAAACUUUCUUUAUCUACCAGUUUAUUGUAUCAUUGACUGAUUUGGUGACCUACUAUAUCUAUCUGUAUAACAAACUUUCUUUAUCUACCAG